AUGUCGAAGUAUCGUCCAUAAAGAAACAACGAGUCUCGAACUAACCAAUCACAAAAAUAAGAUAGUUAAUUGAUGGAAAGUGAUUCGCAACAACAACCUAAGAGUCCCCAAUUCACUCAGGAGCAGAAGUAAUCAAAUGUGCACUAUCCCUAUUUUAUAGUACACUCCCAAGAAGCACCUACAGAACACCAGAUGCCAGAGUCAAUCACUUCGAUGGAACAUCAAAUGAAGAAAUCUAUAAGAAAAAGUACACAGAAACUUAUUCUAGAAUAAAUGAAUUACAAAGAUAAAAUGAUGAUUUAAGAGAAAAGUACUUACAAGUAUCCAGUGAAAAUCAAGUCAUUAUUUAAGAGCAAAGAGAGGAAAUAGAACAAUAUUAAAACGAGGUUAAUAUUUUGAAGGAGUAAUUGAUGCAAAAGGAAAUUGAAAUGAAAUAAAUCUAUGAACUCAAUUAAUCCCUCAAAUAGGAGAUUAGUGAUUGGGAAGGUAUCUUUAACAUUUAAUAAACAAUCCCUAGAUGGAUUUGAUAAAUUGGAGUAAGACUACAACAAUAAACUCAAAAUUGAAGAUGAAUCAUAAAAAAUACUAGCUGAAGUCCAAUUGUUGAAUGAGGAGAAUCAGAAUUUGCAGGAUGAACUCCAAGAAAAGGAUAAAUUAUUUAACCAAUGCAAAUAAUAACUAUAAAGUGUUUAGUUAGAUUUGAAUUAAUUGCAAUAAGACAGUUAAUACAGCCAAGAAUUAUUGAAUCAGAAAGACAGAGAGAUCUAUGAAUUACAAUAGCAACUAGAAAGAGAUAAGGAACUCCUCAAAAAACAACAGGAAUUCUCUAAUAAGGUAAACUCUGGGUUACAUAUUUUAGUAAGAUCUCUUAACUAAAGAAAUUUAAAAGUUGAAUCAACAACUCAAACAAUUGUAGAAGGAGAACCAAGAUUUGAAGAAUGAAAAACAAUUGAUCUCCUCUGAACUUCAAGAAAAUAGGGCCAAUCCUGAAUAUCUGACCAAAAUCAAUCUUUUGGGAUAGGUACAUCAUUUCUAUGAUAUCAGGAAGUUGAAAGAUUAAACAAUACCCUAGCCUUAAAGAGUCGAGAAAUUAAUGAUUAUAAAGCCUAGAUCACCAGAAUGCAAAAGGAAAUCUAAAAUCUAAGAAUGAAUGAAUUCAAAUUACAAGACAUGAAUAUGACCUUGGAUAAUCUAAUUAAUCAAUACAACAAAUUGAAAGAUGACAAUUAAAUCCUCAAAUAGCAAAUGGCUUAAAAGUAAAUCAAAGUAAAUUCAGAAUUGGAUAAAAAAAUUUAACUACUUCAACAAGAAUGCGAAAAACUUUCUCAAUAACUCAAUUCUAGUAAAAAAGAGAAUGAUUACUUAAGAGAACAACUAAAUGCAUAAUAGUAAUUCGAAGAUGCUAACAGAUUAUUAAAAUAAUAAGUAGAUAAGCAACAAAUGUAAAUUAAACAAUUGGAGAAUGAAAGAUAAAGUUUGAUGCAAGAAUAUCAACUCUUAUCAAAUAGUUACAACAAUUAAAAGUUUAAUUAUUCCUAACUACUUCAAGAACAAUAAGAAAAUAACGAUUCAGUAUUGUAUAUUAAAUAAAAAAAUAUAGGUUUUCCAAUUAAAAAGCGAAAUCUAACGAUUAUAGAAAAUUAUGCAAGAUACAGUUGAAAAAAGCCAUGCCAAUAACAAUCUUUAGGAGAUUGUCAAUUAAUAACAAAAAGAACUUGAAGCAGCUAAUAGAUAAAUUCCUUUAUUGAAAUAGACAAUUUAGAAACUAAAAAAUGAAUUAGAUAUAACUAAAGAGUUUAUAACUGAAAAUAAAAUUGAAUAAUAAUAAUAACCCUUUAUUCAAUAGGAUUCAAAAUUAAUUGAUAAAUUGUAAAAGUACGAGAUAAGGUUUCCACAAUUAGUGGAGGAAAUAGAGAGACUUAAUAAAAUACUGACAGAGAGAAAUGAAGAAAUAUUGAUUUAUAAAAAGAAUUCUUUUUAGUAGGAUCAAGUAUUGGAGAAAGUAAGUGCAUACGAAGGAGAAAUUGAAAGAUUACGAUAAACAAUACUAUUGAAAUAAUAAACAAUAGACUCAUUGUAGUAAUAAAAAGAAAAUCCUGGAGUCUAAGACUUAAUUUUCAAGUUGCAGGAUGAAAAUAGAAGAUUAACAAAUUUGGUAAGUGUAAGAAAUAAUGAAAUUGCAGAACUUAAAUUUAAAAUAUCAGAGUAUGAACAGAAACAGAAAUUGUUGGGAGAUUCCAAUUCUGGCAAAUACGAGUUGCAAAACCUAAUGCUAAAUUAAGAGAUUGAUCAAUUGAAUUAGAAAUUGUUAGAGGCGAAGAAUGAGAUAAGUUUAUUGAAAUUGACUAAGAAUGAUAAAUUCAAUGAAGAGAGAGUAAAAGAUUUAAUAAAUGCUUUUAGGGAAAAGUAUUGACUUAAGAAUUAGAUAAGUAGAUAAGAAUAAAUAAGGACAAUGAAAAAGAAUUAAUGAGUUUAAGAUCUAAAUUUGCAGAAGUUGUAGAUGCUGAAAGAAAAUUGAUUGAUUGCAAAUGUCUAUUAGUUUUAUUGUAUAAUGAAAUAGAACGAUUGAAUUAAGAAAAAGAAUAUGAUAAUUUGUUAGUUUGA